AGUGAUUGUUACUGUUAUCCAAAAAAACAAUCUGACGGCAAAUCAAGAUUAUAACAAAAAAAAACGAAGGGACCUUCAAGAACCCCCGAUCGCUGGGGCAGAUAAUCUUAAUAUUGAUACUCUUCUUCUGGAUAGUAUAUCUCCGUUUUUUGGCAUUUGCGGUGGUCUUCUAUUGCCCAUCAUCAUGAUCAAAGUGAUAUUCGCCUUAUUUCUGGCUUUUCAGCAGAUUACCUGCUCGGGCUACCUGGAGCUUUACUUCCAAAGUGAGUUCCAUCUGAAAGCCACAGUUAACAUCACGUCAUGCUCCACUACUGCUCCGCCAACACUGAUCCCAUUAAUGAUUUCUUCGAAUGAAACUGUGAAAAUGCACAAGGUUCCGAUGAAAAUGGAUGGCUCCGAGUAUCAGAUUACGAUUUUUGUUAUUAAUCAGGAUCGACUAGACAUUGACAACGCCACCAUCACCACAUCAUUUGUUCCGAAAAAUGGUCAAAUUUCCCCGCUGACCGUGAUGUUCCCGUUUACAGGCAUCAGAAUGCGUGUAGGAUGCGAUGAACAAUGGCACGGCGAGAAAUGUGACGUGUUCUGCUGCUCCGAAACCGCUUCCCGAGUCGGAAAAGUGUGCAAUUCCCAUGGUCAACUCGGAUGUCCCCAAGGAAAACGAGGUCUCGACUGUGCUCUACCAAUCAGUAAGAAAUGGUGUAAAUGCCAGAACAACGGAGCAUGCAUCUCCUCAUUCGGAAAGAAUUUGCACGAGAAAAUGCAAUGCGAGUGUCAGCUGGGAUUUCGUGGAUCUCAUUGUGAAGAACGUGUCGACAACAUCGAGAUGAAGUCGACGUACGGUGUGGAUCCAAAGAAAUUCGAGAUCGCGACGGCGAAAAUGUUGUACGAGAGUGUUGUUGAUAAUGAGCUGGUCGAGGUGAAGCGGGAACGGACCGGAGGACAUUUCUUGCAGAAUUUGAGAAUUAAUGAUCAAUAAUUUAUUGUUAUCAUCGUUCACUAUAUAUUAAAGAAUAUUGUUUGUC